CUCAGGAUCAGAGUGCAUGCUGUUGAAGUUAUUUGGCGAGAGGAAGAUGUGUCGUGUGCUGCAAGGGAGCAAGAGAACGCUGGCUUUGUCAAUACAUCAUUUAUAACCUGUGGGAACAUCCAGAAGCUGAAAAGAAAGAGGGUCAACAUCCCGACGUUUUCUGUUUGAUAUAGACAGGUAUGUUCUCAGAUGCCUUGGAGGCCGUAGGACAGGUGGAGGGAUUGACGCUGUGCCCUCCACAGACUCUCCCAGACCCCGAUGAUGAGGUGGAACUGGGCUCCGAAACAAAAAGACGAGGCAGAUAUCGCCAAAGCUUACAGAUACUCAAGCCCUUUCGGAUCACACACAAACAUCAGCACCCGGUGGACAAUGCAGGAUUUUUCUCCUUCAUGACCCUGCAAUGGCUGUCCCCUCUGGCAUGGAGGGCCCACAAAGCGUCCUGUCUCAAGAUAGAAGACGUGUGGGGUCUGUCUUGCCACGAGGCCUCAGAAACGAACUGCCAAAGACUGGAGUGGCUGUGGCACGAGGAGCUCAAGCGACGGGGGAAGGACGCGGCGUCUCUGUCCCGGGUGUUCUGGAGGUUCUGUCAGACCCGUAUGCUGGUGGCCAUCUUCUCCCUGCUCAUCACCAUGGUGGCUGGAUUUGUUGGACCUGCUCUGCUGAUCCGAGCCCUGCUGGAGUACUCUCAGUGCGCAGAGGUGAAGCUGCUGUAUGGUCUGGCUCUGGUCGCCGGGAUUUUCCUCCUGGAGCUGACACGCUCCUGGUCUCUGGCUUUAGUGUGGGCUGUCAGCUAUCGCACGGCCGCACGCCUCCGGGGAGCCGCGCUCACUUUCGCCUUCCAGAAGAUCCUGCGACUACGCAGCACUAAAGACAUCAGCACAGGAGAGCUGGUAAACAUUUGCUCCAGUGAUGGACAGCGUCUGUACGAGGCCGUCUCGGUGGGCUGUCUGCUGGCUGGAGGGCCUCUCGUUGGGAUUUUGGGUCUGUCAUACACCAUCUAUUUCUUAGGACCGACUGCACUCGUGGGAUCGGCCAUUUUUGUCAUCUUCUAUCCCACCAUGAUGCUGGCCUCCCGCUUGACAGCGUAUUUCCGUAAAAGGUGUGUGACGGUUACGGACCGGCGAGUCCGGCUGAUGAACGAGAUCCUGGGCUGCAUUAAGUUCAUUAAGAUGUACUGCUGGGAGACGGCGUUUGCUAACAACAUCCAAAGCGUUCGAUCAGAAGAGAGGAGGAUCCUGGAGAGGGCCGGCUGUGUUCAGAGCCUGACGGUGGGUGUGGCUCCAGUGGUGGUGGUGAUAGCCAGCGUGUGCACUUUCACUCUUCACAUGGCUCUGGGCUAUGAUCUCACCGCAGCACAGGCCUUCACAGUCGUUGCUGUUUUCAACUCCAUGACCUUUGCUCUAAAGGUCACGCCCUUGGCGGUGCGUGCUUUAUCCGAAGGCUCUGUGGCCGUGAAACGAUUUCAGAAGCUGUUUAUGAUGGAGGACAGGGAGCUGAUCUCAAACAGAACAGAAGAUCUCUAUAAUGCAGUGGAGUUUAAAGAUGCCACACUGGCCUGGGAGAAGACCUGCAGCUCACUGGGGAAAAAGAGCCGAGCCCAGCAGAAAAGAGGAGGCAUGAAGAGAGUUUUGAGGAGGGAGAAGCUGAGCUUGUACAUCACCGCAGAAGACGGCAAAGGGGAGAGCGAGGAACCCAAUGCAGAGCACCUCCUCACACACAUGGAGCAGGAGAGCCCACAGAGCACCAUCUCCUCCACACAGAGCAUCCGACCUCCGCUGCACAAAACCCUGCACCGCAUAGACCUCUGCAUCCGGAAGGGGUUGCUGCUUGGGGUUAGUGGAGGAGUCGGCAGUGGGAAGAGCUCGCUGCUAUCUGCUCUACUUGGACAGAUGACCCUUCUUGGCGGCUCAGUAGCUGUAAACGGAGACUUCGCAUAUGUUGCUCAACAGGCCUGGAUCCUCAACGAUUCCCUCAGGGAGAACAUCCUGUUUGGAAAAAAAUACAUUGAGGAGAAGUACAAUGCCGUUCUGGAAGCCUGCUGUUUAUUUCCCGAUAUUAUUGAGCUGCCAUAUGGUGAUAUGACUGAGAUAGGAGAGAGAGGAGCCAAUCUGAGCGGCGGUCAGCGGCAGAGAGUGAGUCUGGCCCGUGCGCUGUACAGCGAGAGACCCGUCCUUCUGCUCGAUGACCCCCUCAGCGCCGUCGACACUCGCGUGGGAUCGCACCUAUUCCACAGCGCCAUCCGCCGCACGGCCAAGAGCAGGACUGUCAUCUUUGUCACGCACCAGCUGCAGUACUUGCCUGAGUGUGAUGAGGUGGUGUUAAUGAAGGAUGGUCAGAUAGCGGAGCACGGCACACACGUCCAGCUGAUGGAGAAAGGCCGAGACUACGCUGCCCUUUUCAACAGCGUGCAGCAAGAGAACCUAGUGAGGAAGAACCUGAAAAACAAGCAGAGGGCCGAGGAGGAGAGCAGCCCGCAGUCCCUGCAUGUCAGCCCUGCAGCCAAGCCGCAUACUGAGAGCAAGAAAAGAGAUCAGCUCAUGCAGGCGGAGGAAAAGGGGAGCGGGGCCGUGGCCUGGCCCGUGUACACUGCUUACAUCAAGGCUGCCGGAGGGCCCCUGGCCUUCGUCGUGAACAUCCUCCUCUUCCUCUUCACCACCGGCAGCAUCGCCUUCAGCAACUGGUGGCUCAGUCACUGGAUCAGGCAGGGCAGCGGGAAUUCCUCACUGCUGCAGGCAAACCAGACCGCUGAGAGCGACAGCAUGCGACUGAAUCCGCACAUACAGUACUACUCCAGGGUGUACGUCUUAUCCAUGGGGGCGGCGCUCUUCCUGAAGACGGUGCGAGGGCUGGUGUUCGUCAAGUGCACUGUGCGUGCAGCCUCGGUUCUGCAUGAUAAACUAUUUAAGACUCUACUUCUGAGCCCCAUGCGCUUUUUCGACACAACACCCCUGGGACGCAUUCUCAACCGAUUCUCCAGGGACAUGGAUGAGGUUGACGUGCGUCUGGCGAUGCAAGCAGAAAUGCUGCUGCAGAAUGUGACAUUAGUGCUGUUCUGCCUGGGCAUGGUGGGUGCUGUGUUUCCCUGGUUCCUGUUCUCCAUCAUUCCUUUAGGGGCAUUCCUCUUCGUCGUCAACCGCAUCUCCAGGGUUCUCAUUCGUGAGCUGAAGCGCUUGGAAAAUAUCAGCCAAUCCCCUUUCACCUCUCAUAUCACCAGCAGUCUGCAAGGCCUGUCCACUAUCUAUGCUUACGGCAGGGGUGCUGACUUCAUACACAGGAAUCAAGCCCUGCUUGAUACAAAUCAAGCGUGUCACUAUCUGUUCAGCUGUGCUAUGCGCUGGCUGGCUGUGCGUCUGGACCUCAUCAGCAUUUCUCUCAUCACCACCGUCGCCCUCCUCAUCGUCUUCAUGCACGGCCGCAUUCCUCCUGCUUACGCCGGUCUGGCCAUCUCCUACGCCGUACAGCUAACCGGCCUGUUUCAGUUCACCGUGAGGCUGCUUUCUGAAACCGAAGCCCGUUUUACAUCAGUGGAGCGGAUCAAUCAUUACAUAAAGAACCUGGAAAGCGAAGGUCCUCGACAGAUCUGCGGCUCCUCCGCUCCUGCCUCCAGCUGGCCAGAAGAAGGACGAAUCACCUUCCAGAAUGUGGAAAUGCGAUAUCGGGAUGACCUUCCUCUGGUUCUGAAGAAUCUCUCCUUUAGUGUACUUCCAGAGGAGACCGUAGGGAUAGUUGGCAGAACGGGCUCAGGGAAAUCUUCACUGGGCGUCGCACUCUUCAGACUAGCGGAGCUCAGCCGAGGAUCAAUCAUCAUUGAUGGUGUCAACAUCGCUCACGUUGGUCUGGAGGACUUGAGGAGCAAGCUGUCAGUCAUCCCCCAAGAGCCGGUUCUUUUCAUUGGUACUGUCAGAUCAAAUCUGGAUCCUUGGGAUCAAUAUACAGAUGCACAGAUCUGGGAAGCUCUGGAGAAAACGCACAUUAAGGACAUGGUAAUCCAGCUGCCAAAUUCACUGCAUUCAGAGGUGACGGAUAACGGAGAGAACUUCUCAGUGGGAGAGAGACAGCUGCUGUGUGUGACCAGAGCUCUUCUCAGACACAGCAAGAUCCUGCUGUUAGACGAGGCAACAGCUGCGAUUGACACAGAGACAGACCGCCUCAUACAGGACACCAUUCGCACCUCGUUCAGUGGCUGCAGCACUCUCGUGAUCGCGCAUCGCCUCAACACUGUGCUGAACUGUGACAGGAUCAUGGUCCUGGACCAGGGGCAGAUUUUGGAGUUUGACACCCCUUCAAACCUGCUGGCCGAUGAAAACUCACGUUUUCGUGCCAUGAUAGUGGCAGCAGAAGAAACACUUAGCCACCCGUAAGAAGUCAGCAGGCACUGAAGACACGGAGCCACCAGACUGAAAUCCUUGAAGCUGCUCAAACUGAGAUUGUCAGUUUGUUUGUUGUACUUUAAGACGACGAUAUUGUUAUAGUUAGCACACAGAGAGACUAUAUAGUGUAUGAUGUCCUGAAGAAGAUGUUGAUGGCACUUUAUUUGUGUUACUGGCCUGCCGCAGAAGCAUCUGGACUCAGUCUGAACAAGUCCCCAACAAGACGACUCCCUUCUGCCUGUGUUUGGUCGAAGUAAAUUUUGCACACUGAUAAUGUAUUUGUUUUCCUGUCGUUCAGCUUUUUUUUUUUGCUUUAUAAAAGUAUGCAAGAUAUGUAUCGACCGUAAGGUAACCUGUUGAUUUGCCUUCUUUUUAUCUGGCAUUUUCAGGCAUAUAUGAAUCCAACCAAAGAUCAAUCGUAUCAAUCAUUCUGCACAAAACCUUUUAUUUUUAUUAGAAUGAUUUUGUAGCAUUUCCUUGUGCUUUCGUUGUUACUCAUACCGUGUACGUUUUGUGCCUCUGCUGUUACAUAGCUGUCAAAAGCAUUGUGCAAAUAGUGUUUUAGUGACAAAAAUGCACAAUGUGAGUUCUUGCAAUAAUUCAACGAGACCGUGCUGUUCUUAUUUGUAUUCUAAGUGCAUAUUUCUGUGUAAUCUUGUAUCACAUCUGCUGUGGUGUUUUUCAUUAUGCUGGGUUGAUUAUAUUCUCAGAAGAUUCAUGAAAUCUAAAGGGACUUCAGAAAUCAAGGUAGUUUCAUGCACACGUGGAGGCUGGGAAAUAUUAAUGCUAAAUAUCUCAUUCAUUCUCGAGGAGUGCCUGUACUACUUCACAUCAAGACUACACUGUGUGAUCUCUUCAGGAAUGGAUGACUUGGUUGUUUUUAUUUUUCAGGAUGAAAAUUGCACAUUUAGGUACCUGAAUUAUGCAAGAAUUUGGGUCUAUAUAUUUUUUUUUAUUAUUUAUUUAUUUUUUUUUUAUAAAUAUAUAUGCCAUACC